AUGUCGGACCGUCCUCGCCCCCUCCCUCCCUCCCUCCCGAUACGAAAUACACGUUCCGACAUCGGACUAAAUAACGUACUGUACAGUACGUACCGAGGGAAAGACGGGAAAGAUAAAAGAGAGUGGGCGGCGGAGAAAGUUUCCAAAACGUUUUUGUUGUUUGCCGUAGCGCUGUGUCUGGCGGCGGCCAAAGAAGAAAGUAAACCGGCCGAGAAGGAGGACCUGAAGGGAGAAGAGAGUUAUCACUACGGUAGUUACGGAGGAGGUGGCAAGGGCGGUUACGGAGGAGCGACGAGCGGAGGCUAUUCUAAGGGAGGUAGCUACAGCCAAAGCUACCACAAAGGGGGAAGCGGAGGAUACGGAAAGGGUGGAUUCGGAGGAUACGGUGGACACGGUGGUUACGGAGGUGGUCACGGAAAAGGAGGUUUCGGAGGAGGACACGGUGGUUACGGCGGUCACGGAGGCUACGGAGGAGGUCACGGAGGCUUCGGAGGAAGUCACGGUGGGCACGGUAGCUACGGAGGAGGACACGGUGGUUACGGCGGUCACGGAGGCUACGGAGGAGGUCACGGUAAAGGUGGUUACGGAGGAGGUCACGGUGGUUACGGAGGCUACGGAGGAGGACACGGUGGUUACGGAGGUCACGGAGGCUACGGCAGUCACGGAGGAUUCGGCAAAGGUCAUUUCGGAGGUAUCGGUCACGGAAUUCACGGCGGUUUCGGAGGACAUCACUGGUAA